AUGCCUCCUCGUCGGUCUACCGGAUCCACUACCGCUCCAAAGCGUGAACGCUCGACCUCAUCAUCUUCAUUGUCCGACAUCCCAGCUACUAAACCCAAACCGACCUCCAAGGCCAAAGGCAAAUCUAACGGAGAUGACUCCAAGGUAUCUGUCAAACCCAAAACAGCAUUAGCGGACGAUGCCAAAGCAGGUGACGAUGAUCCGGCAGAAGUUGAACCACCCAAGAAGAAAGCUAGAGUAGCCAAAGCGAAAGUAUGGCCACCACCUGAACUAUCACCUGAUUUACAUCCUCCCAGAAAUGGAUAUCCAAUCUUCAAACUACCAACCACCACCUCAGCUAAGAAUGGUGCUUUACCUCCUUCUACGAAAGAAGAUCGACCGAUGCUGCUUGGUGCGCACGUAUCAAUAGCUGGUGGACCUGCUGGAGCGUUACUCAGAGCUGGAGUAGCGGGAGCAAAUGGUCUGGCAUUGUUCAUGAAGAGUCAGAGACAGUGGAAGAGUAACCCAUUCGAACCAGAAGCCAUAGAGAGAUUUAGGAGUCUGAUGAAGAGCAAAGAGGAAGGAGGUCUGGGAUACCCCCCUGAGAGUAUCUUGGUACAUGGAAGCUACUUGAUCAAUCUUGGUAACCCAGACGAAGCUAAAUGGAAUAACUCAUACGAAUGCUUCAAGGAUGAUAUAUACAGGUGUCAUCAAUUGGGGAUCAAGUUGUACAACUGGCAUCCUGGAUCGACCGUCGGAGCAUGUACCAAAGAAGAAAGUUUUGCUCUUAUCGCCAAAGCUAUGAACAGGGUACACAAAGAAGUGCCGGAAGUCAUUACAGUCAUUGAGAACAUGGCAAAUGCAGGUUCAAACAUCGUCGGUACAGCUUUCUCCGAAUUAGCCGCUAUCAUCGCCUUGGUAGAGGACAAAUCAAGAGUCCGAGUGUGUCUUGAUACAUGUCAUCUUUUCGCUGCUGGGUAUGAUAUACGGACACCAGAAGCAUAUGCGGAUACGAUGAAGAGAUUCGAUGAAGAGGUUGGAUAUGGGUAUCUGGGCGGGAUGCAUCUGAAUGAUUCAAAGGCGGAUCUGGCGGGUAACAAGGAUUUGCAUGAGAAUAUCGGUCUCGGCAAAAUCGGUUUGACAGGAUUUCGAUGUAUAAUGAGGGAUCCUCUGAUGUCUGGAAUACCACUUGUACUCGAAACUCCAGCGCCUGAGAAAGCACUGGAAGUCGGGGAUUUGGCAAUCUGGAUGAGGGAGAUAAAAUUGCUGUACGAGAUACAAGGGAUCGACGAUGAGCAGUGGGAGGUAAAGAAGGAUGAGAUCGAAGCGAGGUGGAGAAAGGAGAGAGAUAGCAUAAACCCACCGAAGGACAAGGGACCGGGACCUAAAGCGAAAGCCAAAUCUGCGCCAAAGGGGAAGAAGAAGGCGAAGAAGGAUGAGAGCGAUGAAGAUGAUGAGUGA